CUGAACUCCUGAACUCCGGCAGUGACGCGGCAGGUCGUGCUGUCACCCACAGCGAAACUCUAUAAAACUCGAAGGCACCGGUUAUACCCAGGGAUUAGUGAUGAAGUGAAGUGUUAAGCCUUUGAGUUGCCUUUUAAAAAAAAAAAAUUGUUGUACUCUUGCUUAAAUUUCUCUACCUUGAUUUUCCACCUGCUCUCUAACUGCAACGCUACGAGGAUGAUUACUGUCUGGAGGUGCCACCUCUGAUCUGGUUUAUACCACAGGGUCCCUAAGUGCUGUUGUGCUACAUCUUAACACCCAGUGUCUCCACCUGACACUGGGUUUGCCCCAGUCAGACAGCCACAACAUGUCACUGGAGAGAGGGACUGUCCACCCCUUGAUCGAAACUGUCAUCAACCUCACAGCAGGGGCGGCAGGGGGUGUGGCGUGUGUGCUGAGUGGGCAGCCUUUUGACACGGUGAAGGUGAAGAUGCAGACCUUUCCAACAAUGUAUCGGGGUUUUGUGGACUGUUCGCUGAGAACCUACCGGCAGGAUGGGCUGCACGGGCUGUAUCAGGGCACGAUGCCUGCGCUACUGGCAAACGUGGCCGAGAACGCUGUCCUUUUUGCCUGUUAUGGGUUCUGUCAACAGCUCACUAGGCGGCUGUUUGGACUGGAGAGUGUAUCCAAGCUCAGUGACCUGCAGAAUGCCACGGCGGGCUCAAUCGCCUCUGUCUUCUCCUCUCUAGUGCUGUGUCCCACAGAGCUGGUGAAGUGCCGGAUGCAGGCUCUCCAUGAAAUGAAAGUGGCCGGCAAAACCUCUUUGGCAUAUCGGGUCUCUGCCUGGUCUAUAGUGAGGGACAUCAUGAAGACUGAUGGACCCCAGGGCUUGUUUCAGGGGCUAACAAGCACUUGGCUGAGGGAGGUGCCCGGUUAUUUCUUCUUCUUUGGAGGAUAUGAAAUAAGCAGGACCUUUUUCACUAAGCCGGGAAUGUCAAAGGAUGAGUUGGAUGCAGCACUGCUGGUUGUGAGUGGAGGCAUUGGGGGGGCAUUCUUCUGGCUUGCGGUUUAUCCCAUUGACUCAGUGAAGUCCAGAAUCCAGGUUCUGUCCAUGAGUGGCAAGCAGGCUGGGUUCCUCGUGUCCUUUAUCAACAUCCUUAGAACUGAAGGUGUUACAGCCUUGUACUGUGGACUGACCCCCACUGUAGUGCGAGCAUUCCCUUCCAAUGGAGCCCUUUUCCUUGCUUAUGAACUGACCAGAAGAGCCCUGAGUGACAAAGUAGCUGCUAUCUGAACACAUGCCUGGUUUUAACUGUUUUAAUUACAUCUGCUGUCAUAUCAAAAUGUUUCUGCACAAAAAAGUAUUUUAAAACUUUUAUUGUAAACUUUGUAAAUUUUGAAAUGUCUGUGUUAUUCUAUGCCUUGUUAACUGUAUUAUUGAUGUUUUGUAAAAUUUUACCCUUUUUCAGGCACUAUUAGAAUCCUAAAAGGUAUAAGAAUUUAAUUGGGGUAUUUGAUUUUGAUUAAGAUUUGUGGAGCCACAGUUUUCACAUUCACUUUAAUAAGAGGCAGGAGCAGAAUUUCAUGGUGCUGUGCUCAAUUUGUUUUUGUUUGAACGCAACAAGGCUUUAACACUUCAUUUCUGUAAAAAAAUGUGUCUUUUAACCUAGCCGUGUACUAUUACAAAAGUGUUUUACACAAAAAAUAAA